CCUAAUAUAGUAAGGGACGUUAACCGGUUCGUUAAAAAUUAUAUAAUUUAUAAAGUAAAUAAGGUCCCUAGAAAUAAAAUACUUAGUAAUUUAUACUCUAUUCUACUAUCCGAUAAGAAAUGGACUUCGAUUGUAAUUAAUUAUAAAAAGAUGCCUAAGAAUAAAUACGGUUUUAAUAACGCUCCGGUUAUAGUAGACCGUUUAAUAAAAUUGUUAUAG